AGCUCUCACACAUGGGGAAUGCACAGAAAAAGGGAGAAUCCCGACUCAAAGUUUAAUGUGCAACAGAGAACCUAUGCAACAGAGAAACCCUACAGAUGUCAGGAAUGUGGAAAAUCCUUUAGUCACAGCUCCGUACUCGUUGAACACCACCGAACACACACAGGAGAGAGACCUUACGAAUGUAAUGAAUGCAGAAAAAGCUUCCGAAACAGCUCGGCACUUACCAAACAUCAGAGAAUCCACACUGGUGAGAAACCCUAUAAGUGCACUCAGUGUGGGAGGACCUUCAACCAAAUUGCCCCACUGAUUCAGCACCAGAGAACUCACACGGGUGAGAAGCCAUACGAGUGCAGAGAGUGUGGGAAGUCCUUCAGUUUUAGGUCCUCCUUCAGCCAACACGAGCGGACUCACACAGGCGAGAAGCCUUAUGAGUGUAGUGAAUGUGGGAAGGCCUUCCGGCAAAGUAUUCACCUUACCCAGCAUCUGCGCAUACACACAGGGGAGAAGCCCUAUCAGUGUGCAGAGUGUGGCAAGGCCUUCAGCCACAGCUCAUCCUUGACUAAGCACCAGCGAAUCCACACUGGUGAGAAGCCCUAUAAGUGUCAUGAGUGUGGAAAAGCCUUCACCCAGAUCACACCACUUAUUCAGCAUCAGAGGACACACACAGGAGAGAAGCCCUAUGAGUGCAAUGAGUGUGGGAAGGCCUUCAGCCAGAGCACACUCCUGACUGAGCAUCGGAGGAUUCACACUGGGGAGAAGCCCUAUGGGUGCAAUGAGUGUGGAAAAACUUUCAGCCACAGCUCAUCUCUCAGCCAACACGAACGGACACACACAGGAGAGAAGCCCUAUGAGUGCAGUCAGUGCGGCAAGGCCUUCCGGCAGAGCACACACCUCAGUCAACAUCAGAGGAUCCACACAGGGGAGAAACCCUAUGAGUGCAGUGACUGUGGCAGGGCCUUCAGCCACAGCUCAUCCCUAAUGAAACACCAGCGAAUUCACACCGGGGAGAAGCCCUAUGAGUGUAACGAAUGUGGCAGGGCCUUCAGCCAGCUCUCUCCACUCAUUCAGCAUCAGAGAAUCCACACGGGAGAGAAGCCAUAUGAGUGUAAUGAGUGUGGUAGAGCCUUCAGCCAGAGCUCCCUACUCAUAGAGCACCAGAGGAUCCACACCAAUAAAAGCCCUACGUGUGCAACGAAUGUGGGAAGUCCUUCAGUCACAGCUCAUCGCUCAGCCAGCAUGAGAGGACACACACUGGGGAAAAGCCAUAUGAAUGUCCAGAUUGUGGCAAAUCCUUCAGGCAGAGCACUCAUCUCACUCAGCACCGGAGAAUCCACACCGGCGAGAAGCCGUACGAGUGCAGUGACUGCGGGAAAGCAUUCACACACAGCUCCUCCUUAACCAAACACCAGAGAACUCAUACUGGGUAGAAGCACUCUAUACGAAUUGGAACAUAGGAAGCUUUAAGCCAUAGUUCAUCCCUUCCAACACUUGACCCAAUCAUGCUCAUGAGAAAGAUGACAGACAUUUAUACACAUGCCUUCACACACAGUACACUCCUCAGAUUAUCCUAACAGUAGGGGAUGUGGAGAUGAUCAAUGUGGAGAACCUUCAGAUGUGAGUGUUCAUCAACGCUCUUAUUAUAGAACCCAGAAAAGGAAAGGUAAUAAAUCCUGGCCCAUGUGGCUUGGUUGGAGUAUCAUUCCAUAGAUGAAAGAUUGCAGGUUCAGUUCCCAGUCAGGGCACAUACCUAGUUUGUGCAUCUGAUCCCUGGUCCAGGUAUAGAUGGGA